AUGCGGGUAGGGGUGACGGCAGGAGGGGGCGGGAGCGGAGGCACGGGGACGGAGGCGAUCUCGGCAGACGGGGCGGGGGCGAGCGGGGUAAGGGAGGGCGGGAACAGGGCCGGGACGGGGUCGACGGGAGUGACGGUGUACGGGGCAGGGCUGGGGAGGUACGAGGGGUCAGGUCAAGGGCGGGGCGGGGGCACGGGGAGCGAGAGCACGGCGUGGACGUCGGAGACGGGUGUGGUGUGUGUCGGGUCGUGGCGUGUGAGUGGUUUGGGAAGCGGUCAGAUCGUGCUGACUGUCACUAGUCUGGUCGGGACGGGCUCGGACCUGGUGUCGUAUGAUCGUGCGGAUGUUUCAGGCGCUGUCGUGUCCAAUCAGCCCUCAGCUUAUGUUACGGUUAGGUUGCUAGGCAAGGGAUACGGGUUGUCAAGCCAGAGCUUGUCGGCGUCGGUCAUGACGGCUUGUCAAGCUACAGCAUGGCAGUCGGAGUCGAGCCUGACGUGUCAUGCGAGCGGUCUUGGCCCGGCAAGAUCAUCCGGGGCUACGUUGACCGUAGGCGGGGUAGCAGGAGGAAGCGUCUCCGAGGCGAUCACCUGGGACGGAGGAAGCUUGCGGAGGGCGAGCGUCAACGCAGGCAGCACUGGCUCGGGGCUUGUGACUGUGACGGGACUAGGGCUUGGGACAGUGUCCCUGACAGGGAGGGGACAGUCCGGGUCAACAGCCGCAGAGAGCACAUCAUGGAUGUCGGAGAGUGCGGAGCUAGCCCAGACGAGCUCGGUGCGUGUACACAACGGCGCAGGUACAGGAUCUUGUGAGCAUGACGGUACAAGGAUCAGGGCUGUCUUCCGCGAAAUGCAUCACCGCAAGGGAGGCUAG